CCGAAAUGCUGAGGGCUGAGGAAGAAGCUGCCAGGGAAACUGAGCUCGACGCUGAAAGACAAAUCAAGUGGUUACCUUAUCUCGCUUAUGUAGACGACCUCACGUCCCAAGGAUUGAUACAGGCUGCUACUUCCAGCGUAUGUUACAUUCUCGACGAAACGGAUCCCGAGGGAAAGGCCUUUCCUCUCUUCGAGAUUCAGCUGCAACUGAAGGAACCUGAUUUGGUUUUCCAUCCGUCAAUAAUCGUGGACGAUGAGGAUGGAUUCUACAUGUUUUACGAAGGCGUAAUGUUCGACAUUAUGAAAAUGGGCACUUUGAUUCCGCGCAUUGAUCCGGAAAAAGUUAGCGAACGCGAGAACUACUCGAUCGAUUUGGCUGAAGAAGAAGCGAUCAUUUUCAUGCUCGAGGAAACCUGCAACAGGGUCAAAGUCGGUCUCGCACAAGCCGAGGAUUACAGUUUGACUUUCGAGCCGUACUCCUGGCUGUGGCUCAACAACAGGCAAGAAUAUCUCGACACAUUCCUGCGGUUCUCCCGAAGCUUGACCGAAGAAGAGAAGGAAAUUGUUGAACAAGCGCCCGAGAAUUUGCACGAUUUCAUUCGCGAAAAACACCCGGGUUUGGAUGACUUUGCAAGAGAAAUCGAUUACUUCAUGGACCUGUACAAAAAGUGCGACGAAUUUGAAAGUGAAAAAAUAUUCAGCCGCUGGUUAAGAAUAGACACGAAACCCUUCAAACAGACUCUUCUCAAUACCGUCUGCAAAUGGGCCAAUUUGUUCAAGAACCAUCUCGUCGAUCGUGUCGUUAACAGCUUGAAGAAACUCGCCGAGUUUUUCGACGCGGCGACCGAACGGUUCACUCAACCGGUAUUAGAAGACGAUCACGACGGUUUGUUGCAGACGAUUUAUUACCUCAAGGAAGUUCGAGACCGACAAUAUGAAAUUGACGGCAUGUUCGAUUCUCUCAAGGACACGAUGGACCUCCUGAAAAAUUACGAGGUAGAUUUCGACGAAGAGAUUUUCAACCAACUCGUGGCGCUGCCCGACCGGUGGACAGCUGUGAAAAAGUUGGCCAUUCUGUCGAAACAACUCGUUUCACCGCUGCUCGCACGACAAAUCGAUAUUUUGAAGAAACGUUUCAACUAUUUUGAGUUCAGACAGAUGAGCUUCCUCGACAAGUUUCACAAGAGCGAAGUCUUCAAUUACGGUUGUGAGAAUAUUUAUGACAAAUUGGACGACAUCAACGAAGAAAUAAUGAAUUUGGAAAACGAGCUCAAAGUUCUCACGGAUACUGCAAACAUUUACGAGCAGAAGAUCCAAGAAUUCAAACACAUUAAACAAGCAAGAAAGGAGUUGAAACUGCUGAAAAUUCUCUGGGAUUACGUAACCGUCAUUGAAUCCAGUUUGGACGAAUGGAAAGCAACCCAGUGGGUUAAAAUCGAUCCCGAAGCCUUGGACCAGGAGUGCAAAAAACUUACGAAGGAACUGAGGCUUUUGGACAAAGAAACAAAAGCCUGGCCGUUGUACUCGCACGUUGAAGCUCAGGUGAAAAAUAUGAUGUCAUCGUUGAGGGCUGUUUCCGAUCUCCAGAAUCCUGCUAUUCGCGAGCGACACUGGCAACAAUUAAUGGCAGAAACAAAUGUCAAAUUCACAAUGGACGAUAAAACGACAUUGGAAGAUCUGCUCAAGCUGGAGCUGCACAAAUACGAGGAAGAAGUGAAAAACACCGUUGACAAGGCAGUCAAAGAAAUGGCUAUGGAAAAAAUACUCAACGAACUGAAAAACACGUGGGCCAAUCUCGAAUUCGACAAAGAUGUUCACGAGAGAACCGGGCUGAAGGUUCUGAAAAUCGAUGAGGAAACUAUCGAAAUAUUGGAAGACAAUCAGGUUCAACUGCAAAAUAUGUUGAGUUCGAAAUUCAUCGGAUAUUUUUUGGACGAGGUUACAAGUUGGCAGCAUAAAUUGAGCAACGCCGAUGCCAUCGUCAACAUUUGGUUCGAUGUCCAAAGGUCCUGGAUGCACUUGGAAAGUAUUUUCAUUGGCUCCGAAGACAUACGAACCCAACUCCCGGAGGAUUCUAAACGAUUUGAUAAAAUUGAUCGUGAAUUCAAGGAAAUACUGAGAGACAUGCUGGCCACGCCGAACAUCGUGAAAGCAACCAACAAGCCCAAACUCCUCGAGCGUUUGGAUGAUCUCCAAAAACAGUUGAAUCUCUGUGAGAAAGCUCUCACUGAUUAUUUGGAAACGAAAAGAUUGGCUUACCCCCGUUUUUACUUCGUUUCCCCCACCGAUCUUCUCGACAUUCUUAGCAACGGUAACAGCCCCGAAUUGGUGUGCAAACACCUGUCGAAAUUGUACGAUUCAAUAGCCAAACUCGAGUGGAAAAUGGAGGGCGAUAAACCAACGAAAAUCGCCAACGUCAUGGUGGCGAAGGACGGCGAAAAAAUGAAUCUGCAUGGCACCUGUGACUGCAAUGGCAAGGUCGAAGUGUGGUUGAACCGGGUAACGGAUGCGAUGCGUCGAGCUGUGAGGCACCAUUUCAACCAGGCAGUGACGUCCUACGACGAGAAGCCCCGCGAAUCGUGGAUCCUCGACUACGAAGCUCAGCCAGCGCUCUGCGGCACUCAAAUUUGGUGGACGACAGAAGUGAAUAUGGCGUUUGCGCGACUCGAGGAGGGCUUUGAGAGCGCGCUCAAGGAUUAUCAGAAGAAACAGAUAAGCCAGCUGAGCGCUCUCAUCACCGUGCUCUGCGGCGAUCUUAACGAAAACGAUCGCCAAAAAAUCAUGACCGUUUGCACGAUCGACGUCCACGCACGCGACGUAGUCGCCAAGCUCAUUUCUAUGAAGGCGGAAAGCUCUUCGAGCUUCCAGUGGCAAUCGCAGCUCAGACACAGGUGGGAUGACAAAUUGAGCGAUUGUUUUGCCGAUAUAUGCGACGCUUGUUUCAACUACGCCUACGAAUACCUCGGGAAUGUACCGCGCCUCGUGAUAACACCGUUGACUGACAGGUGUUACAUAACUCUGACCCAAUCGUUGCACUUAGUGAUGGGCGGUGCACCCGCGGGUCCAGCCGGUACCGGCAAAACUGAAACUACAAAAGACCUCGGCCGAGCUCUCGGCCAGAUGGUCUACGUGUUCAAUUGUUCUGAACAAAUGGACUACAAAUCCUGCGGAAACAUAUACAAAGGCCUCGCCCAAACCGGCGCUUGGGGUUGCUUCGAUGAAUUUAAUAGGAUUUCCGUGGAGGUACUAUCAGUGGUGGCUGUUCAAGUCAAGAUGGUGCUCGACGGUAUAAAAAACAGGAAAAAAAAAUUCUUGUUCUUCGGUGAAGAGCUUGAUCUGGUAAACACCGUUGGAAUGUUCAUUACGAUGAAUCCAGGCUAUGCCGGAAGGACCGAGCUUCCCGAGAAUUUAAAAACAUUAUUCAGACCUUGCGCCAUGGUAGUCCCGGAUUUUGAAUUAAUAUGCGAAAUAAUGCUGGUUGCCGAAGGAUUUCAAGAGGCUCGUUUGCUCGCAAGGAAAUUUAUAACACUGUACACACUGUGCCGAGAACUGUUGUCUAAACAGGACCAUUACGACUGGGGCUUGAGAGCCAUAAAAUCCGUUCUCGUAGUAGCUGGUAAAUUAAAACGUGGCGAUCGUUUGCGCCCCGAGGAUCAGGUGUUAAUGAGAGCUCUGCGUGACUUUAAUACGCCGAAAAUCGUUACGGACGACGUGCCCGUCUUCAUGGGACUGAUAGGUGAUUUGUUUCCCGCUCUGGACGUGCCGCGAAAGCGUGACUUGGAUUUCGAGAAAAUGAUUCGAGGCGCGGCCCUCGAUUUGAAAAUGCAGCCAGACGAUGGUUUCGUUUUGAAAAUUGUCCAACUCGAGGAACUCUUCAACGUGAGGCACUCCGUUUUCAUCGUCGGUUUAGCUGGCACCGGAAAAACUCAAGUUUGGAAAACUCUAAAUAGAACUUACUUCAAUCAAAAAUUGAAACCCUACUACAACGACCUUAAUCCUAAAGCCGUUACGAACGACGAAUUGUUCGGGGUGAUUAAUCCGGCAACGAGGGAAUGGAGAGACGGUCUGUUCUCCGUGCUGAUGCGAGAUCAAGCGAAUUUAACGGGUGACGGGCCAAAGUGGAUCGUUUUUGACGGUGACAUAGAUCCAAUGUGGAUCGAGUCACUCAACACGGUCAUGGACGAUAACAAAGUAUUGACACUCGCGAGCAACGAGAGAAUUGCACUCACCAAACACAUGCGGCUUCUCUUUGAGAUAUCUAAUUUGAGAACCGCGACACCGGCCACAGUUUCGAGGGCAGGAAUUUUGUACAUAAAUCCGCAAGACUUGGGUUGGAAUCCAUUCGUAACGAGCUGGAUCGAAAGCCGGGAAUACGUAGAACGAGCCAUUUUGGUGAUUCUAUUCGACAAAUAUAUUCCGACGUUGUUAGAAGCGUCGAAAACGAAAUUUAAGAAAAUCACUCCCAUACCGGAAAUCUGCCACCUCGAAACUUUGUGCAAUUUGUUGGAUUGUCUUCUAACCCCUGAAAAUGUUCCUCCCGACUGUCCCAAAGAAUGGUACGAAAUAUACUUCGCUUUCGCCUGCAUCUGGGCGUUCGGCUCAGCCACGUUCAAAGACCAGUUGAUCGACUGGCGAAACGAAUUCAGCAGAUGGUGGGUCAGCGAAUUCAAAGCUGUCAAGUUCCCCUCGAGCGGAACCGUCUUCAAUUUUUUCAUUGACUCCGAGACGAAGAAAAUGCUGCCGUGGAGCGAGAAAGUCAACAAAUUCGAGCUCGACUCGGAUGUUCCUCUUCAGUCGACUCUGGUGCCGACCGGGGAAACUUGUCGCUUACGUUUUUUCAUGGAUUUGCUGAUGAAGCGAAGAGUGCCAGUGAUGCUAGUGGGUGGAGCAGGCUCGGGGAAGAGUGUCAUAGUCGCUGAAAAGUUGGGCUCUUUAUCCGACGAUUAUAACAUCGCGAACGUUCCUUUCAAUUAUUACACGACUUCCGAAAUGCUCCAACGAAUAUUGGAAAAGCAUUUGGAAAAGAAAGCUGGCCGUAAUUACGGGCCACCUGGCACAAAACAAUUAGUUUACUUCGUCGACGACAUGAAUAUGCCGGAAGUCGAUGCUUACGGCACUGUUCAACCGCACACCCUCAUACGGCAGCACAUGGAUUACGGUCAUUGGUACGAUCGAUCUAAACUUACUCUCAAGGACAUUCACAAUACGCAAUACGUGUCGUGCAUGAAUCCGACCGCUGGAAGUUUCACUAUUGAUCCUCGGCUCCAACGACAUUUCGCAGUCUUCGCCGUCAGUUUUCCAGAACCCGACGCCUUGGUGACAAUAUACCGUCAAAUAUUACAAUCCCAUUUGUCGAAUCCACUGAACAAAAUAAACUUGUUGGUGCAAAAAGUAGCAGAGCCCUUGAUAAACGCCGCUCUAUUUCUACACGAAAAGCUCGCGGCAAACUUCCUGCCCACGGCUAUAAAGUUUCAUUACGUCUUCAAUUUACGAGAUUUGUCGAAUAUAUUCCAAGGAUAUUUAUUCUCUAAUGGGGAUACGAUACCAACGCCGAGUGCAGCCGUACGUUUGUACGUCCACGAGGCGACUCGGGUUUAUUGCGACAAAUUGGUGAGCGUCGAUGACAAACGAGAAUUCGAGGCACUCGUGCUCGACGCUUUGAAAAAAAAUAUUCCGGAACUUGAAGAAACCGCAGUUUUUGCCAAGCCCAUUAUUUAUUGCCAUUUCGCUGAAGGAAUGGGCGACCCAAAGUACAUGCCGAUCAGAGAUUGGAAAGUGCUGAGAAAACUGCUUGCCGAAGCUCUCUCGAAUUACAACGAAUUGGUCGCUGCCAUGAACUUGGUCAUGUUCGAGGACGCGAUGUAUCACGUUUGUCGUAUAAACCGGAUUCUUGAAACGCCCAGAGGCAACGCGUUGUUAGUCGGUGUUGGAGGCAGCGGGAAGCAAUCGCUGUCAAGAUUGGCGUCAUACAUUUCCGGUCUGGAGGUGUUUCAAGUGCAGCUCAGAAAAGGAUAUUCCAUCAACGAUCUGCGAGCGGAUCUGGCUGGUCUGUACUUGAAAGCUGGAUUGAAAAGUAUCGGCAUAACGUUUUUGAUGACGGACUCGCAAGUCCCUCAGGAGAGGUUUCUCGUGGUCGUCAACGACAUGCUCGCUUCGGGCGACAUCGCUGAACUCUUUCCCGACGAUGAAGUCGAGAAUAUUGUGAAUGCUUUGAGAAACGAAGUGAAACAGAGCGGUAUGUUCGACACAAAAGAGAAUUGUUGGAAAUUCUUUAUCGAUCGCGUGCAAAGAUAUCUUAAGUGUGUUCUAUGCUUCUCACCGGUCGGGGCGACACUCAGAAAGAGAGCUCGACAAUUUCCAGCUUUGGUGAAUUGUACGUCGAUAAAUUGGUUCCAGGAUUGGCCCCAGGACGCUCUGGAAUCUGUCUCUACUCGAUUUCUCGAGGGGCUCGAGGAACUGCCAAAAAAAUACCGUCCAUCGGUAUCCUUGUUCAUGUCCUUCGUCCACACGAUUGUCAACGAAACGUCCAAAAUUUAUCUGCAGAACGAAAAACGUUACAAUUACACUACGCCCAAGUCGUUCCUCGAGCAGAUCGCUCUCUACUCGAAACUUUUGGCUGAAAAAACUUACGAUCUCAAAUCGACGAUCGUAAGAUUGGAGACGGGUUUGACGAAGCUGGCAUCUUGCGCAGGACAGGUCGACAACCUCCAAGCGGUAUUGGCAGUCCAGGAAGUCGACUUGAAGAAAAAGAAUGAGGUUGCCGACAAAAUCUUGACCGAAGUAAGAGCGGAGAAUACUAAAGCCGAAGUUGAGAAGGCGACAGCAUCCGAGGAGGAAGCAAAAGUUGCCGAGAUAAAGGAGCGAAUCACGGAAAGACAGAAACGGUGCGACGAAGAUUUGGCGAAAGCCGAGCCAGCCGUGCGUCAAGCCGAAGCUGCUUUGAACACCUUGAAUAAGAACAAUCUUACGGAACUUAAGUCAUUCGGUACUCCGCCGGACGCAGUUGCGAAGGUUGCCGAAGCUGUGCUCGUUCUAUUUUCACCGAAAGGCGGCAAAGUGCCUAAGGAUCGAAGCUGGAAAGCGUGCAAAGUCAUGAUGGGCGGUGCCGAUGCAUUUUUAUCGUCGUUGCGCAAUUACGAUAAGGAAAAUAUUCAUCCCGACGUCGUAAAGGCUAUACAGCCUUAUAUAAACGAUAAAGAUUUCGAGCCUGACUUCAUUUAUUCCAAGUCGCAAGCUGCCGCAGGUCUCUGCAGCUGGGUCAAGAACAUCAUGGUUUUUCACUACAUCAACGAGAACGUGAAACCACUCAGAGCUGCGCUGACACAAGCAAACGCCGAGCUCAAAGCAGCCCUGGAUAAAUUGGCCUCUCUUCAAGCUCGUUUGACUGAACUGCAAAAAGUCCUUGAAGUUCUCAGCGAAAAGAUGAACGUUGCUCUCGCCGAAAAGCAAAAGUGCCAGGACGAAUGGGACUCGACCGCGAUGACCAUCGAUCUCGCUAAUCGACUGGUCAACGGACUUGGCUCCGAGAAAAUUCGCUGGGCUGAGACCGUUCAAGUGCUGAGCCAGUCCGGCGAAACGAUCCCCGGCGACGUGCUCCUCGUAACCGCUUUCGUGUCGUACGUCGGUUGUUUCACUCGAAAAUAUCGUUUGGAUUUGAUGAACGUCCAUUGGAUACCGUUUUUGAAUAACCUGAAGGUUCCGAUACCUCGAACACCGGACCUGGAUCCGUUAUCACUGUUGACCGACGACGCGCAAAUAGCUCAAUGGAACAAUGACGGGCUGCCGAGCGACCGGAUGUCCUCGGAGAAUGCAACGAUCCUGACCAACUCGUCCCGGUGGCCUCUCAUGAUCGAUCCUCAGCUCCAGGGAAUAAAAUGGAUAAAAGUUAAAUACGGAAUGGAAUUAAAGGUGAUGAGACUGACGCAGCGCAAUUAUCUCGAUCGCAUUGAAUUCGCGAUCUCUAACGGACAAGUGGUUCUAUUGGAAAAUAUAAUGGAGAGCGUCGACGCUGUCCUCGAUCCUAUUUUGGGCAGAGUCCUCGUGAAGAAAGGACGUGCAAUUAAGCUCGGCGACAAGGAGAUCGACUUCAACCCACGCUUCCGUUUGAUACUGCAAACCAAAUUGGCGAAUCCUCAUUAUAAGCCGGAGAUGCAAGCGCAAACGACACUUAUUAAUUUCACGGUCACGAAGGACGGCCUGGAGGAUCAGCUAUUGGGCGAUGUCGUCAAAGCCGAACGCCCCGAUUUGGAGUCGACCAAAGCCGAGCUCACCAAGCAACAAAACACCUUCAAAAUCACCCUGAAGACCCUCGAAGAUGAUCUUCUCCACAGGUUAUCGUCCGCUGGACCGAACGUCCUGAGCGACGUCGCUCUCGUCGUCAAUCUCGAAACAACGAAGAAAACCGCCGCCGAAAUUGGGGUCAAAGUGGUCGAAGCGAAAAUAACAGCCGCGAAAAUAGACGAGGCUCGCGAACUGUACCGACCCGCGGCAUCGCGAGCCAGUUUAUUGUACUUCAUUCUCAACGAUUUGAACAAGAUAAACAUGCUUUAUCAAUUUUCGUUGAAGGCCUUCAGCGCGGUUUUCCAAAACGCAAUAAAGUUCGCCGAGCCCUCCGAAAACGUGAAAAAACGAGUGGCCAAUCUCAUAGACAGCAUCACUUAUCUCGUCUUCGUUUACACGAGUCGCGGCCUCUUCGAGAGCGACAAGCUCAUAUUUCUGUGUCAAUUGGCCAUACAGAUAUUGUUACACAUGAACGAAAUAUCCGUUGACGAACUGGAUUUUCUUCUGCGAUAUCCGUACACUCCGAACCUCGUUAGCCCGGUUGAUUUUCUGAACAACACCGGAUGGGGUGGCAUCAAGUACUUGAGCGGUACCGACGAAUUUCGAAACCUGGACAAGGACAUCGAGGGCGCUGCGAAGAGGUGGAAAAAGUUCGUCGAGUGCGAGACACCGGAGAAGGAGAAAUUCCCUCAGGAAUGGAAAAACAAAUCGCCGUUGCAGAGAUUGUGCAUGAUGCGAUGCCUGCGACCCGAUCGAAUGACUUACGCGAUCCGGAACUUCGUCGAAGAAAAAUUAGGUCAAAAAUUCACCGAAUCGAGAUCGCCGCCUUUCGAAAAAUCCUACGAAGAAACGAGCUCCGUUACUCCCGUCUUUUUCAUCCUAUCUCCUGGUGUCGAUCCCUUAAAAGAUGUUGAGAAACUGGGAAAACGAUUGGGCUUCACUUUCGACGGUCGUAAUUUCCACAACGUGUCUCUCGGUCAAGGGCAAGAGCCCGUGGCUGAAGAAUCAAUGGAGCUCGCAGCCUCGAGCGGUCACUGGGUCAUACUUCAGAACGUCCAUCUGGUGAAGAAUUGGCUGCCAAGUAUGGAAAAGAAGAUGGAACAAUUGACGGAAAAUCCACAUCCGGAUUAUCGUCUGUACAUAAGCGCGGAAGCGAGCCCGGAUCCCCACGAGUCAAUAAUACCCCAAGGCAUACUGGAAUCCGCCAUAAAAAUAACCAACGAGCCACCGACCGGCAUGCACGCGAAUAUUCACAAAGCUUUGGACAACUUUAAUCAGGAAAUUCUCGACUCGUGCAGCAAAGAAUCGGAAUUCAAAGGAAUUCUCUUCGCGCUGUGCUACUAUCACGCUGUCGUCGCUGAGAGACGGAAAUUCGGGGCUCAGGGAUGGAACAGAUCUUAUCCCUUCAACGUUGGCGAUCUGACGAUAAGCGUAUCCGUUCUUUUGAAUUAUCUCGAAAACAACACCAAAGUGCCAUGGGAGGAUCUGCGCUAUUUGUUCGGCGAGAUAAUGUACGGCGGUCACAUAACCGACGACUGGGAUCGUCGCUUGUGCCGAACUUAUCUGCUCGAAUACCUCCAGGCCGAACUCAUCGAGGGAGAUCAUUAUUUAGCACCGGGCUUCUUGGCACCUCCGAACAGCGAUUAUCAAUCUUAUCACAAGUACGUCGAUGAUUAUUUGCCCUCGGAGAGCCCGAUCCUUUACGGACUACACCCGAACGCUGAAAUUGGUUUCCUCACGACGACCUCGGAGAAUUUGUUCAAAGUUUUACUCGAAAUGCAGCCGAGAGACGCCGCUGAAACUUCCGGAGCUGGACUCUCCAGAGAAGAAAAAGUCAAAGGACUCAUCGAAGAUCUCCUCGAUAAGCUGCCAGAGGAAUUCAACAUCCCGGAACUCAUGAGCAGAGUUGAUGAUCUAACGCCUUUCGUUAUCGUCGCGUUUCAAGAAUGCGAAAGAAUGAACAUUCUGUGCGGCGAGCUCAAACGAUCGCUUCACGAAUUGGAUCUCGGAAUGAGGGGCGAGCUAACAAUCAACGCAGACAUGGAGGAACUACAGAAUUAUUUAUUCAUGGAUUCGGUGCCGCCCACGUGGACGAAGCGAGCCUACCCUUCGAUUCUCGGGCUGACCAGUUGGUUCGCCGAUAUGAUAAAUCGUAUCGGUGAACUGUCCAAUUGGACGACAGAUUUCAACCUUCCGUCGUCCGUUUGGCUCGCUGGAUUUUUCAAUCCCCAGUCGUUCUUGACCGCGAUAAUGCAACAAACCGCUCGUAGAAACGAAUGGCCGUUGGACAAAAUGUGCUUACACUGCGACGUCACGAAAAAACAAAAAGAAGAUUUCAACGCCCCACCGCGAGAAGGAGCCUUCGUGAAUAGCUUGUACAUGGAAGGAGCUCGUUGGGACUCGACAUUGGGUGCAAUUACGGAUUCCCGGUUGAAGGAGCUUUUCCCACAAAUGCCGGUUAUUUAUAUCAGGGCGAUAACCCAGGACAAACAGGAAAUGAAAAACAUGUACGAGUGCCCGGUUUAUAAAACAAGAUCUCGAGGUCCGACUUACGUUUGGACCUUUAAUUUGAAGAGCAAAGACAAACCAACAAAAUGGACUCUUGCCGGAGUUGCUAUAAUGCUACAAAUUUAAGAUAUUCCUUAAUAAACGUCAUUUUUGUCCAUGACAUUGUGAGAGAAAUGUUUUCAAACUUAAAUCUAACCGUAGUUGCUAAGGUAGUUUGGAUUCGAAGUAAAGUUUAAAUUUAAAAACCCACACACACUUGGU